AUGCGGUCAUUGUUUUCAAAAUUUUCGCGCAAUAUUGGAGUGAAAAAGGAGGAGCGAAAAGAAGCGACAUCAACCUCUCCAAGUACUUCACCAAAGAAAGAAAAGUUAACUUCUUUCUUGAGGCCGUCCACUCCAUCUCCCACUCCACCGGGCCAGCCUCUCAGUGACGCAGGGAAGCUUUCGGGAGUAUCUGGCGUUGGCUCCAAGUCUGUCCGAGGAAAAGCCAAGACAGAGGGCACCGGACUGUCCGUGGCGACCUUAUUCCGGCCUCAAUCGCGCGGGGAUCUCAAGACUGCCAAACAUGAGGCCGCCGCACCUCAACUGGACCUCAAUUUGCCCUUGGAUGCGUCCAAUCUGGGCGCCCCAACCAAUGCCAAUGGGAUUGAUGAAUUUGGAGCUUUGUUCAGCGACAACACCGCAGCUGCCAGUCAGCUUGCGGAUUCGGAAAUUGCAAACAAGUCAUUGACCCCUGAUGAUGCGAAUCGUCUGACGGUUGCUUCUUCCGCUGUUAUUCGUGCUCAAGGCCUUGAAACAUUGGGACUUUUCCAUCCUCAUUGGUUGUCGGCUUCACCUGGGAACCAGCGUAAAUUGAUUUCCCGGUUUAUCUUAGCGCUCAAGGCAAACAACUUCACCAAGUUCGAAGCUGAUUUGCGGGAUGCGAGUCCCCAAGAUGUAGCUCCAGUGUUGAAGUGGGGUUUGAGACAUCUCGUCAUUGAGAAGGGUUCCUUUGGUAGAGGAAAUGCUGAGGACCAAUGGGCCUGGUACCGUAGUUUCUCAGAGAAAGAGCGUGCUGCCUCGUUCCCAACUAACUCCUUCUCGAGUAUCUUGCUCCCUUUACUCCCGAACUCUCAUGGUGUUUUGUUGAAGAACCUGAUGGAGCUCUUCGCAUCCGUUGCUGCCCACGCAGAUGGAAAUGGCAUGUUCAAUACCAAACUCAGUAAGGUCCUUGCUUGGUGGAUUAUUAGUAAUCGCACAUCGCCUGGUAUGAGCUUUGACAAUUUCUAUCGCGAAUGGGAUCGCACUGCUCGGAUUUUAGAGCAUGUCUUCCUUGCGUACAUUCGUGAUCAAUCGCACUCUCAACAGCGGGUGCCUCUGAGACUCAAGCCACUCUAUCAACCUUACCCUCCCGCCACCGUUUCCGAUGGAGACACUUCGAACAAGGAAGCCGAUUCUCGGCUUCCUCCAAAGCCCCGAUUGACAACGAGAACUUUGGGUGCUUUGUUGGUCAAGCUAGAAGCACCAUAUGGACAAUAUACUCACGAGCGUGAAGUGAACCCGACGAAAUUGGUAGAACAUGCUUUGGAGACGACCUGGAAGACUUUCGCUGACGCUGAAGGGAAGGGCGCGGCGUUGUGGGAAGGUUUGAAGCAGGAUAUCACUAAAGCUCGAUCGCUGAAGGCGGCGAAGGGUGCAUCCGAGACGGCCAGUUUACUUCCAGUAGAUAGUUCCCCAUCCCAGGCUUUCCUUCCCGUUUUCUCUGACACCACCACCCAUUGGCUGAAGCUAGCGGAGCCCAUCGCUUCCACAACCGAUGCUCCGUCACCCCCUUUGACGCCCCCUCCAGCCUCACCCGAAGCAGAUGCAAGCUCUUCAUUCCGUCGGCGGCGUUCAUUCUCGUCCCCGGAGGCCACCCACGACCCUUCGUCUGGAAGCGGCCUUCAGGUGUUACAUGAAGACCGCCAGCUGCAUUCAUUCGAAAAGGCUGCUUCGGCCUCAAAUCUCAUUUCUGGUGGUCCGGACUCUGAGGACUGGGAUGUGUUCUCAAGUGCGGGCUUUGGCACCUCACCGAACUUAGGCACUGACAGCCUUGCUCAGUCAUUGGUUGGACCGAAGCUUGCGAGUAAAUAUGUCCAACCUCGCAAAUCUUACUCUUCUGCAACUUCGAAACGCAAGCAAACUCAGCCUCUCGCAUUGGCCAAUACACGCCCAUCCUCUGAUACAGUCAUAAUUCCGACUCCACGCAUUCGCCCAUCGAAUGACAGUUACCGAAUGAUUUCCCCGUCCAUCACUCAGAUUGAUGAGGCGUUCAUUGAUACUUGGGCAGACACGUUGCUUGAUCCUAGUACCGCUAAGAAGUGGCCCGAUUUUGGGCUAUUUCAGUUGAAGGAAAAGCGUUCUGAAGUCGAAUGGGUCAUUGUUGAGCGCACGGUUGCUCCUCGGCCCAAGACCCCAGAACCUGUCGAGGAAUCCCCAAGAGCAGUCUCACCUGGACCCUCUGUCGCCCCAUCCAAUCAUACUAGCAAGUCCAGAAACAAGGUCUUCGGCUCUCCUACGGGUAGGAAGAGAUUCAGCCUUUUUUUCGCACGCGCGACGAGUUUUUCGUCAUCUCAGGUUGAAUUACCACGACCUUCGAUCAAUCCCUCUGUCGUAGACGAGGACGUGAAAGAUGCGAAGCCAGCACAAGCGGAAGCGAUGGCAGCUGUGACCUCCACCCGUAAAGAGUCUAAGGAGGCUCCUUCACUCGCGGAGAAGGUGAAAAUUGAAGGUGCUCCCGUCCUCCCAAGUAUUCCCGGCGACCUUCUGUCAUCUGCCUCAGACGACAUCAAAAAUGUCGUCGAACACGUAAAAAGUGAUAACACUACCACCGCAGUGCCCGAAGCUGUUGCCCUGGAGCCUACGAAAGACUCUGCACUGGUGGAGGUUGAUCAGAUCGAAGAACCUAAGGUGGAACCGACGCCUGAACAUCCCGCCGAGCCCGAGGAUCUCAAAUCUCCCGAAGACCCGGCAUCUGCAGCUCCGGAACCUGGCGCACCGAGGCCAUCAGAGAAGACCAGUGAUUCCGCCAAUGUUGCGGACGAUACGUUAGCCUAA